GUUGGAGGUGUCUGCCUGUCGCAGGGCUCGCAGUUGACAUUAAGAAGAGCGCGUCUGUGGUCCAGCGGGGAGGCACAGCGCGAUUUGAAGAUACUGAUACUCAGACUGAAGCAGGUCCAGGCUAAUAGUCAGCAGACCGAGGAUACAUGGAUGGACAGAGAAGCACUGCGAUCGGGAUUAAGCUGUCAGCCGGUGCGAGAAAUUUCUGGAUGUAAUGGGGAAUACAACACCUAAACCCUUAAUAGCAGAUACAACUCUGCAACCCCGCCCGGUGGCUACUCGGCAGUAUUACACCCUGCCUAACAAUGGGGCAGCUGUGGAAAGAAGAACAUCUGCUCCACCAGUCAGCCUCAACAUGGAGUCACCUCGCUUUCACCCACAUGCUAAAGGCAAGAACAUCAGGCUGGAUGGACAGCUUCGGCGAGCCACUCGCAAGAACAGCUUCUGCAAUGGCAUCACUUUCAGCCAUCGGCCCGUGCACCUUUAUGAAAAGGUGCGUCUUCGCUUGACUGGUGUGCACACCGGCUGGAGCGGGGCUUUACGCUUUGGUUUUACCAGUCUGGAUCCCAGCGAAUUAGCUGCUGCUGACAUCCCCAAGUAUGCUUGUCCAGACCUGGUGACACGACCCGGUUACUGGGCCAAAGCUCUGCCCGAGAGACUGGCCCUGAAGGACAACAUUUUGGCUUUCUGGGCUGAUCGCCAUGGAAGAGUUUUCUAUAGCAUCAAUGAAGGAGAGCCCAUCCUCUUCCACUGUGGGCUCAGCAUCGGCUGUCCGCUGUGGGCCAUCAUAGAUAUCUAUGGCAUCACUCAGGAGGUCACGCUGCUUGACAGCACGUUUGCUGAGAGUGUGGGAUCCAGCUGCCUGAGUGCGGCCCGUCUGAGUGCCUAUCUCCCCCAGAGUAGCCACGACUCAGCCAAUUACAGCAACAAUCAGUUGGAAAACAACCAGGCUGCCGCUGCCAAGAUGGCCAACCUCCAGCUCAAUAACUACACUCAGCUCAUCCCCUGCUGCUCCUCCACCUCUUCCUCCUCCACAUCAUCCUCGUCUGCUUCCACUGGAUUCAUUGUCCCAAGGGUGGUCCGGGGUCUUUCUUCUCCACUGGACAAUGAUUUGCACUUUCACCUCAUCCGUGGCUCUGAUGUAAUACUCUCCGCAGACCGCUCAGUUGCCUGCAUACACUUUCUGGACAGCAGUCGGACUCUGGUGUUCACUGACCGGCCCCUGCACGUGGGUGAGACUUUGUACGUGGAGGUCGGCCACAUGGGCCUGCCAUAUUUUGGGGCGUUGUCAUUUGGUUUAACCUCCUGUGACCCUGCUACUCUACAUGCUGGGGACCUGCCAGCAGACCCCGAAGUUCUUCUGGACCGCAAAGAGUAUUGGGUGGUGCACCAGGGCUUCCCGAUGCCUUGCUCUGGAGACGUACUCAGCUUCAGUCUGCUGCCCAGUGGAGAGGUACACCAUGGAGUGAACGGAGUGGGACGUGGCAGGCUGCUCUGUGUGGACUCCUCUCAGGUCCUGUGGGCCUUUUUCACCCUACAUGGGGCUGUUAACAGACUCAGGAUACUUGGAACACUGCAGUCCAGUCCUCCUUCUACAUCCCCCACCACUUCACAGAGCAGCAGCCCAGAUGACAGUGACUCAGACCUGGCAUUCAGUGUCAACAGAUCCUCCUCUGCCUCUGAAUCCUCUCUGGUGACUGCUCCCAGCUCCCCUCUCAGUCCUCCCACCUCUCCCACUCUCACUGCCUCAGAACUGCCCUCUGCAGGAAAAAGAGGAGAAUGCACCGUUUGCUUUGACCAAGAGGUUGACACAGUCAUCUACACCUGUGGACACAUGUGCCUGUGCAACGACUGCGGGCUGAAGUUGAAAAGACAGAUCAAUGCGUGCUGUCCGAUAUGCCGGAGGCCCAUCAAAGAUGUUAUCAAAACGUAUCGGCCAUGAUGACUAAAAAAGUUUAAACAGGUGAGGUGACUUCCCCCUGCUGGAUACUACCUGUUGCUCCUUCUCAGGCUUUGCUGUCCAUGGAUCUUGAUCCCAACUGGAGAUUAGCCACACUAGGACAUUACUGUGCCUAUCAGAUUUUAUAUCUCGAGACAGACUGAGCGCUUCACACGCAGAACUGUGUGGGGCUCAUUUUUAAUACGUGGUAUUCACACAUGAGCACCCGUAUUCUGGAUACGAAAGAAGAGAUGAAACCCGUGCUCCUGUUUUGUAUUUUCCAUGUGACGUCACAUGUAUUUGCUGAGCAGAAAAGGCCUCUCCUCAAUAUCUUGUUUGUACCCUUACCGUCCUAGAAUUAUGUGUGCUUCAGCAGAAUACGCGGACCAUCGUCUAUGACUUCUAGUGCCUUAGAUUUAUGUCACGUAAUGUGUCUGAGUAAUUAUACUAACAAUCCUAGCCAUAUUUCCAAUGUACAGUACUAAAGGUUUGUGGUGGAAAAGGGCACAGAAUUUAUGCAAUAAAAAUUCUAAUAGUAAGUAGAAAGAGGGUUGUAAUAGCAUAUAAGUGUGUUCAGUGGCAUGCUUUAAGAAAGUGUGAAUGGAACGUUUGAAAAGUGUAAUAGAAAGAAUCUGGCUUUGCACAACGAGAGAUUAAUAAAAUGAAUUA